UCGCUUUGCAUUUUCAUGGAAAAUUCGAAAAAGAUUAAGUUCUACUGCAAAUACAAUGUUUUCUAAUUAUAUAUUUUAGUAAGAACCCGUGUUAUCAAUAAACGAUUUUGAUUUGUACAUAAUUUUUAGCUAUAAUGAUGUUUCGUAUGUGUAAAUAUAGAUUUAAGAUUUUACGUGUUGCUAAAAUGUUUGUGUUUGAUAUUAUCUUUUUCGAGUGUUUUUAAUUGUAAAUACUGCUUGAAGAUAAGAUAUAUAUAAAGAUGGAGUCAUCUUGCACCCGGUUCACACCGGCCGAGGGGGGAGCAAGGUUGGCCGCUUGCGCAGGCUCCAAGAACAUCCUGGUGACGGAGCACACAGCCUUCAUCUCCACCAGCGUGCUCAUUGAGCAUGCCUACAAGAUCAGGGGGCUUCUAUCAUCAGGUCGUCAGCGCUCCGUGUACGUGUCGCGACCGUCUCGCAUAGAAUGCGUUGCCCACGAGCUGACCAUCCUGACUGACCUGGCUGUGACGCAGGCGCGGAUGUAUGAAGAUGUGGUGGAUUGGAGACAGGAGUUGGAGGUUAAAGAGGUGCUGGUCUGUACUUCAGAAGUGUUAAAGAAAAUAUUGGAAGAGCAAAUAAUAUCUAUACCAAACAUUAAUGUAUUAGUUAUAGAUAGCUGUCACCUCAUAUUUAAGGAUGAAAAUCUACAAUAUAUAAUGAAACUCUAUAAGGAAUGCGAGGGAAGCAAACCAAGGGUCUUAGCUCUCACUUAUCCAUUAUUCACAGCACCAAAAGAUGCUAACGACCAAAUAGAUGAAAACACAGAACAAAAUCAAGAAAAUGACACAGCAGAUCAAGUGAAUGCGAAAGAAGAAGUAGCAAAUGAAAUUAAUGAAAGAGAUGAAGUUAAAGAUGAAAUAAAUGAAACUAUAGAAAUAAAAGAUGAAAUAAAUGAAAGAGAAGAAGUGAAAGAUGAAAUAGAUGAAGGCAUAGAUUUAAAAGAUGAUGGUUUUGAUGAACAAAAUGAUAUUGGAAACAAUGUUACUAAACCACUAAAAGAAAUGAGCGAUGAAAAUAAAGAUGUAGAUUCAAAAGAUUUAAUUCAAAAAAAAGAUAACGAAACUGAUCUUAGUAAUAAUCAAAAAGAAGAUAAAAUUGAAAAAUAUGAAGAUAAAGAAAUAGAAGGAAAAGAUUUAUUAUUAAAGAUAGACAAAGAGAUUGACCUUGGUGAUAAUCAAAAUGAUAAAGAUGAAGUUAAAGAAAAAGAUGAAAUAAAAGUUGAUGAGAAGGUUGAGAAAAAAGAAGUAAACAAGAGUGUGGAUAUAAAUAACAUGGAUGAUUUCAAUCUGUAUGAGAAGUUGGAGUGGAAGAUAGAGGAGUUGGAGAAAGAGUUGUGCUGUUGUAUGGAUUUGGCGGAAGACAUUGACGGUGGAAAACGGCUAUCAGCGACUCUAACUAAACCAAAGGAACUAAUAGUGGAGUACAGUCCCAAGCUAUCUGCAGAAACUCUAUCGGAGACAUAUGUAGACUUGGAGAACUAUAUGAGAAGUACAGUCACUUCUGCGUUGGAUUUUAUCAACGAACACAGAUACGACCCAACAGAGAUCUAUGGUGAGGAUCUGUACGAAGAAUUUGCGAACAUACCCAAUCCUACUGUGGAGCCCAAACAUAUAUUGAACAACUUUUUGUAUGUUCUUGACCAAUUAGGUCCAUAUGCAGCUGAUAAAGCAGCGUUUUCACUACUAAUAAAGUUGGAAAAACUAAAAAUCAAGGUUCCAUAUGAGAGACAUUUCCUCUUACUAUGCCUAUGCACCUCUGUGUUUGUUAAAAUAAGGUGUUAUGCAGACAUACUGUUCUCAAAAUAUACAUCGGAUUGGGAGAAAAUAACUUCAUUGUCUACACCUAAAGUUCUCCGAUUAGCAGAGAUAUUAGAACAGUUCCAGCCUCCGGAAAACUCUAAGGAAACCGAUGCUAAAAGUAAAUCUGACAGAAGUAAUAUUGAUACUACUAAAGUAAGUGAAAGUGUUAGUAAAAAUGUUCCACAGAAUAUAAAUACAGCUGAUUUAAAAACUAUUGAGGAUAGUAAAGAAAAGAAUGACGUUAUAAACAUAAAUAAAAAUGAUACAAAUCAAACAAACGAGAUGAAAAGAUCUAAGACUGAUGAACUGUUAAAUGCUAUAGAGAAAUGUGAUUUUGUAACUCUAGGUAAUAAAAUUGAGGAUAAAGUGAAUACUUAUGAGGCUAAUUUAAAAGACUUGAAUGAAAUUGAUUGUACUUUUGAAAUUAGUAGUUGUGUUAAAAGAAAAGAGAGCGAUAGCGACGGAAAUAAAACUGACAGCAAAGUUGAAGAAACUGUUAUUAGUAAAGAGAAUAUUAAAAAUGAAGACCUUAAAAAUCAUUAUGACAGUCCGGAAAAUAGUGAAAAUACCGUUAAUAUUCAUAAGAAAUUUAAUUGUAAUGACAUUGAAAGCGAAGUUAGUGAAAAUGAUGUAAAUACUAGUCAAGAAUAUAGUGAGAAUAAUCUUAACAUCGAUAAGCAACAAGAAAAUAAUGACAAUUCAAAUGAAAAUGGGGAAAUUAAAAUGAACAUCGACAAGAAACAGAAUGAUAAUGACAAUUCAGUUGAAGUUAGUGAAAAUAAUGUAAAUAUUGCUAAAACACACAAUGAUGAUGAUAAAAUUAGUGAGAUUAAUAUUGAUAAAAAACAAAAUGAUAAUGCAAGUGAAGUUACUGCUAAAGAAAAUAGUGAAAACAUUACUAAUACAGAAAGUGAUAAUGGAGUGAUAGAUAGAACUAAAGGAGAAAGUGAUAGUGAUUUGAUUGUAGAUAGAAAUAAAAAAGAAAAUGAUAGUGUAACGAUUGUGGAUAGAACUAAAACUGAUAGUGCACGGGUGAAUGAUAGUGAUAAGGUGGGUGAUAACAGGGUGGGGUUGGGUAAACGUCACAGGGUGCGAGGUAGGGGGAGGGUGCAGAGAAACAAUGCUACGAAGAUGCUGCAGCUACAGCAGAAUCCGGAUGCACUGUGUGGGAUUGUGUUUGUGAAGGAUGCGUUGAUUGCCAACAUAAUGUUCAUGAUGAUUGUGGACAUGUCACGCAGUCGUCCAUCCUUGUCGCACCUAUGCGCCCAGUACUGCGCGUCCGAGGGAGAGGGGAGAGAUUGUCAGAAGGAGGGCAAGAAGCAAGAGGAGGUGCUGAAGAAGUUCCGUAUGCACGAGUGCAACUUGCUUCUAGCGACUUCUGUACUAGAAGAGGGCAUUGACCUGCCCAGAUGUAACCUAGUGGUUAGAUGGGAUGUACCCCCUUCGUACCGUUCACACGGGCUCUGUCGAGGCCGGGCACGAGCCCCCCGGGCUUCGGUCGCGCUGCUCGCAUCCGCCGAGGCCUCCAGGGAGGCCCUAGUUCACAACCUCGCUGUCUACAAGGAGCUUGAUCAGAUAAUAACUAGGAAAUGCGGCUGCGGCAUACAAUACGAACCCCCAUUACAAGAGGAAACGCACGCGGAUUUGGCAGCUCAUGUUGUAAAACCAUAUACACCCAAUGCAAUAUUACAAAAUGACCGGAAACACGAAAAAGAACGGAUAUUAGAUAAAAAUCGUGAUAAAAUUGAUGAAAAUCAUGAAAAAGAUAAAGUUACCAAUGCAGCGGAUGAUAUAGAAGGAAAAGAUAUUAAUAAAAUGGCAGCUAAUACAAUUAAAGAUGAAUUUGUAAAUAUAUGUGAUAAUUUUAACUAUGUAAAUAAAGAAUUAAAUGAGAAAUAUAAUAUAAGCGAUAGUGAAGGACUUGAUAACUUAUGUAAUGCUAUUAAAGUUAAUACUAAAAAUAUAAAUAUAGAUGAAGAAGUAAAUUGUAAUAUACAAAGUAGUAUAAAUAUUAGUGAUAAACCACACGUUGUGGAUAAUAGUAAUGUUCUAGCUAAUAAUGAAAAUGAAACUAUGGCUGCCAAUAAUAAUAGUUUAAGUAAUGAAAAAGACAAUAGAGUUAGAAUACAUAAAGAGGAUAAAGUCACCAAAGAUUUUGAUGCUUUUGUCGUUGUAAAUAAUGAUAUUACAUGUAACAAUGACAAUGCAUUAGGAAAUAAUCAUAUAAUCCGUGAUGAAACAGACAAAUAUGAUAAAGUUAUUGAUGAAACAAAUGAAAAGGAAAUAACACUCACGAAAGACGUUAAUGUAAAAGAAUGUAUAAAUGAAAUCAAUGACUAUGAAGAUGUAACAAAAAUAGAAAAUCAUGAGGAAAUAGUUGAUAGAGAUAAAAUAAAUCAUGAAGAUGAAACAACAAAAGGUAACUAUGAGUUAAAAGUUGACACUGAUGAAGUAAAUCAUGACAAAAACUUAUCAGAAGAAAAGCUUAGUCUGAAAGACGGAAUAUUAAAUGAAUUUGAAAGUGGUAUUAAGAUUGCAAAUAACGAUGUCAAAGAAGAUAACACAAAUAAGUUACAUGUUAAUAAUCAAAAAAUUGAUUCAAUAAAGGAUUUAAGUAACAAAAAACUAGAAUUUAAAGAAUUUCGUGAUGUAGAAAAAGAAGCGAAUGGAAAAGAAAAUGUAAAAUAUGAAAACAUAAAGUUUGAAUAUAAAGUAAGUGAUAGCAAGAAACCGGAUGAAGUAGCGAGCGUGGAUUUGAAUUCAGCGAUUGCAUUAAUUAAUAGGUAUUGCGGUAAACUACCCUCCGACACGUUCACCCGGCUGACGCCCCAGUGGUGGACGGAACAGGUUAGACUCCCGGACAGGCACGGCGAGAUGACGACCGCAUACAUUUGCACUUUGAGGAUGCCUCUCAACUGUCCCGUCAAAUAUAAUAUUGUUGGUCACCCGAUGCCUACCAGAGUGCUAGCCAGAAGGAUGGUAGCUCUGCAGGCUUGUCGGAUACUGCACAAGUCUGGUGAACUGGACAAUCAGCUGAUGCCGAUAGGCAAGGAGAACUUCAAGGCAGCUGAACUGGAGACAAAUGUGACUUGCAACGAACCUACCGACUCCAGCGACUGCGGCAGACCAGGCACCACCAAACGGAGGCAGUAUUACUUCAAACGGACAGCGUGGGCGUUCACGGAUUGCCAAGCGAUUAUAGACACUACGGAUGAGGAGAUAGAGGCUACCCCGACGAUAGACGACCCAGUCACCCUGGGAGAAUCUAAAGACAGACAGAACACGCUGUACGCGAUAGUGUCCCGGCUGUGGUGCGCAUUGCCAGAACGCUACAACACGCGCGGACGUCGGCUGCACGCGCCACAGAACGCGCCGCAAGCCAUAGGCGUGCUCAUGGCGAGGAGGGAGCCCACGCAGCUACAGAUCCCCGCUUUCCCGGUGUACACGCGGAGCGGCGAAGUGCGCGUGUCGGUGGAGGCAGCCGCGCACGCCGACGUGCGACUGUCGCCGCGUCGCGCCAGACUCAUACGCAGGUUCAUGCGGUUCGUGUUCUCGGACGUGCUGCGGGUGCGGCGCCGCGGCAUGCGUCUGCAGACAGAGGGCACCACGCACAACAACUACUAUAUAGUGCCUACUGUUAAAAAGACAAGAUGGGACGGCGCUUCGUGGAUCGACGUGGACUGGCCGUUCCUCGAGCUGAUAUACAAGCACACGGAAGAGAAGAAAAUGCUGGAGAUAGAGAAACCUGUGCUCUGGGAGCAGGACGAGAAGAAAAGGGAGAAAGAGAAGGAUGGUGCAGUUAAAGAGAUGGAGAACCCAUUACUGAAGAGUGGAGAAACGUUUACUUUCGACCCGGAGAGGUACAAGGAAGCAGUGGUCACGCCGUGGUACAGGAACCAGGACCAGCCGCAGUUUUUCCUGGUGGCGGAAAUCUGCUGGAAGCUGUCCCCGGACUCCGCUUUUCCUUCCACUCAACACGACAGCUUCCGGUCAUACUAUCGGGCCAAGUACGGUGCAGAAUUGACUCAGAGCUGCCAACCGUUGCUGGAUGUCGACCACACCAGUGCUCGGCUCAAUCUGCUCACUCCCAGAUACGUCAACCGCAAAGGUGUAGCACUACCCGUGUCAUCGGAGCGAACGCGUCGCGCCAAACGAGAUAGACUUGAUCAGAAGCAGAUCUUAGUGCCAGAACUAUGCAGGGUGCAUCCAUUCGCAGCACCGCUGUGGUUUGCUACAGUUGCUUUACCCUGUGUGCUGUACAGGAUCAACGCCCUACUGAUAGCGGACGAGAUCCGGCGCGCGGUGGCCAUCGACGUGGGGCUCGGCAUACCGCGGAUAGACGACCACACCUGCCCCGGCUUCCAGUGGCCGCCGCUGGACUUUGGCUGGAGUCUGGCCGAGGUCCUCAGUGCUGAUUCAGAGAAAAUCGAGAAGAAGAAAGACGAAGAAGAAUCGAAACAGGAUGAAAAGGAUGAAGAACGUAUCGAACCACCGGAGGAAGUCGAAGUAGAGAAAGAGGAAGCAAAGGAGAAAACGAUCAACGACAUCCUGCAAGAGAAGUUGGAUGCAGAGAACGGCUUCGAAAUCGGCACUUGGAGUAACGAUAUGGCGUCGGCCAUUCCUCAGACUGAAUAUGACGAGUAUCUCGAGCCGUUGCCUUCUAACCUCACCUUCUGCACCUCUUCAUCAGGUGGUGCAAAUUGGUCGGAGCCCAUAGAGAAGCCGAAGGGGCAGUUCAACCCAAGCAGGGCGUAUUCCAUGGCUGACAGCGAUUGCUCCUAUGAGUCCAGUGACUUCGACACGGACGACUCAGAUCUGACGGACUGCAGUGACGAUGAUGCCGACAACACCCUGUUCUGUAGCAACAGAAACUCUAACGCGGCAAUGGGAGUACGGAUAGAGUACAAGACAACACACGAAGCCGAAGCAGUAGACAUAGAGAGACGGAAGCCCAUCGCACCAGCGCCUCAACCCGACAAGAGUGACGAUGAGCGUGAUUUGGCGGAGUUCAAGCGUAUACUGCGGACUGGGGUGCCUCCCAGGGAGUAUGUAAAUAAUUUCCGAAAAUCCGUCGCCAAGCAUAAAGAAGAAAUCAUGAAAGACAAUCUUGUAGAAAAAGACAAACCUAUAGUGAAUUUAUUGCCGGAACCUUCCAGAGACGUAGACAGACAAGUAUUUUUAAUUACCAAAGACAAGUUAGCCAAUCAAAACCAUUCCAGUGACAUACAAAUAGAAAACGCUAAAUAUGAUAAAGUAAACUUGACUGGUUGUACAGAAAAUAAUGUCAAUGCUCAUUCAAGAACUUUGGUUGAAAAUAGUUUACAUUGUGAUUAUAGAAUAAAAAAUACAAGUAAAGUAAACCUAAACGAUGUGCAAAGCAGAUUAAAAGAUUGUAAUAAUAAAAUAGCUAUAGAAAAUAUUAACAAUAUAAAUCAAGGUGCUUGUAAAGAAACAAUAGAUAAUGAUAGUUUAAAAUGUAACAAAGUUUCAAACAGCGACACAACUACUAAUAACAUUCAAAAAAUGUUUAACACAGACGUGGAAGAAAAAAUUAAAAUAGACACAAUCAUGAAAGAAAAUAUUGCUAAAAUUGAUGAAUCACAUGCUGACAACAUACAAGUAGCCAAUAUAGAAAAUAAUGCAAAAACAAAUAUAGAAGAAAUCUUUCCAUACAAGAAUGCAAUAGAACUCGAUAACGGCCAGGUGACAUUAGAAUCCAUAGAGAAAAACAAAAGAUACCUGCUGGCUGAAUUAAAAAAAACAUUGACAAAUGAGGAAAUAAAGAAAUUGAACUGUUUCUCUAUGAAAGACAUAGACAUCGACGCACCAGGUUAUAUAAAUGAAAAAGUUGCUAAUGUUGGUUUCGAUUCAAGCGAAAAAUAUCAUGAAAAGGUCAACUCUUGGAAGGAUAAAAAUGAAUAUAAACAUUAUUACAUGGACAGUAAGGGCCAGAAUGGGAAGGACUUUGAUUUCGAUUAUCAACCUGACUUAGAAGGACAUCCUGGACCGAGUCCCAGUGUAAUUCUGCAGGCAUUAACAAUGUCGAACGCGAACGAUGGCAUAAAUCUCGAGCGCUUGGAGACCAUCGGUGACAGUUUCCUGAAGUUCGCCAUCACUGCGUACCUGUACUGCGCGCACCCCGCCGUUCACGAGGGAAAGCUGUCGCACAUGCGCAGCAAACAGGUUUCCAAUCUGAACUUGUACCGGCUGGGUCGCAACAAACGUCUCGGCGCGCGCAUGAUCGCGUCCAAGUUCGAGCCGCACGACAACUGGUUGCCGCCGUGCCACAAGCCGCCGCCCACGCUGCAACCCAGCGCCGCUGUGAGUUGUACUACGGAAGCGCCUGUGGACAGCGCGGGAUGUUUCAUCCCGUACAAUCUGAUCACACAGCACAGUAUACCUGAUAAAUCAAUAGCGGAUUGCGUGGAGGCUCUCAUAGGGGCCUACCUGCUGGAGUGUGGCCCCCGGGGGGCUUUGCUCUUCAUGUCCUGGCUCGGCAUCAGGGUGCUGCCGCAGCACCUCCUGCCGCUGCCUGAAGACCACCCCUACGUGCGGGAGGAAGCUGACAGACUGCACGAGAGCAGGACUGUCCAGAGGACGGCGGUGUCCAAGCCGCUGGAGCCGGUGUCGGACGAGUCGUGCUGUUCUGACGACGAGGACGCGGACCCCGAGCUGAGCGCGCCGGAGCCCGACUGGGGCUGGCCCGGCAGACCGCUCGGAGCGCUCAGACCGUACCGGGACAAGGACGGGAGGUGGAUGCAGCCCAUCUUUGGUGAACUGAAGGCACCCCCCUCCCCACUUUUGAGAUACAUCGAAGAUCCUGAGGGGGAAUUGGAGCAAAUGUUAUCAGGUUACGACGCACUGGAGAGGACGCUGCAGUACCGCUUCAGGGACCGCUCGCUGUUGUUGCAGGCGCUGACGCACGCGUCGCACCAGAGGAACCGCCUCACCGACUGCUACCAGCGGCUGGAGUUCCUCGGAGACGCUAUACUUGAUUACCUAAUAACCCGGCACCUAUACGAGGACCCGCGGCGUCACUCGCCCGGCGCGCUGACAGACCUUCGCUCAGCGUUGGUCAACAACACGAUCUUCGCCACGCUGGCCGCUCGACACGGCUUCCACAAAUACUUUCGCCAUAUGUCGCCCGGCCUCAACGAGGUGCUGACGAAGUACGUCAAGAUACAGGAGGAGAAUGGACACUCAAUCAGCGAGGAGCACUACUUGAUACAAGAAGACGAGAUGGAGCAGGCGGAGGACGUGGAAGUGCCGAAGGCUCUUGGAGAUCUGUUUGAAUCUGUGGCGGGCGCCAUUUUCUUGGACUCAGGCAUGUCCCUGGGCGCGGUGUGGCGCUCCGUGGGCGCGCUGCUGGGCGCCGAGCUGGACGCGUUCAGCGCCGCCGCGCCCAAGUCGCCCGUGCGGGAGCUGCUGGAGGCGGAGCCCGACACCGCCAAGUUUGGCAAACCGGAGCGCCUGGCCGAUGGACGACGAGUGCGCGUCUGUGUCGAAGUGUUCGGUCGCGGCGCGUUCAAAGGCAUCGGCCGCAACUACCGCAUCGCCAAGGGCACGGCGGCGCGCUGUGCGCUGCGACACCUGCGCACCUGCCGCCCCAAGUAGACACCUUCACCGGGUGUCUGAAGAACGUGGACACAAUACACCACGCAUCUGAUGAUGUGCACACGUUACACCGAGUGUCUGAAGGGGAAACUACACCAGGCGUCUGAAGACAUUGACACAAUACACCAGGCGUCUGAAUACAUUGACACUACACUAGGCGUCUGAAGCGGUGGCGGUGUAUAUUGUCAUAAUACACCGGGCGUCUGAAGACAUUGACAUAAUACAUCGGGCGUCUGAAGACAUUGACAUAAUACACCGGGCGUCUGAAGACAUUGACAUAAUACAUCGGGCGUCUGAAGACAUUGACAUAAUACACCGGGCGUCUGAAGACAUUGACACUACACCAGGCGUCUGAAGACAUUGACAUAAUACACCGGGCGUCUGAAGACAUUGACACUACACCAGGCGUCUGAAGACAUUGACAUAAUACACCGGGCGUCUGAAGACAUUGACACUACACCAGGCGUCUGAAGACAUUGACAUAAUACACCGGGCGUCUGAAGACAUUGACACUACACCAGGCGUCUGAAGACAUUGACAUAAUACACCGGGCGUCUGAAGACAUUGACACUACACCAGGCGUCUGAAGACAUUGACAUAAUACACCGGGCGUCUGAAGACAUUGACACUACACCAGGCGUCUGAAGACAUUGGCACAAUACACCGGGCGUCUGAAGACAUUGACACUACACCAGGCGUCUGAAGACAUUGGCACAAUACACCGGGCGUCUGAAGACAUUGACACUACACCAGGCGUCUGAAGACAUUGACAUAAUACACCGGGCGUCUGAAGACAUUGACACUACACCAGGCGUCUGAAGACAUUGACAUAAUACACCGGGCGUCUGAAGAUAUUGACACAAUACACCGGGCGUCUGAAGACAUUGACACUACACCAGGCGUCUGAAGACAUUGACAUAAUACACCGGGCGUCUGAAGACAUUGACACUACACCAGGCGUCUGAAGACAUUGACAUAAUACACCGGGCGUCUGAAGACAUUGGCAUAAUACACCGGGCGUCUGAAGACAUUGACACUACACCAGGCGUCUGAAGACAUUGACAUAAUACACCGGGCGUCUGAAGACAUUGACACUACACCAGGCGUCUGAAGACAUUGGCACAAUACACCGGGCGUCUGAAGACAUUGACACUACACCAGGCGUCUGAAGACAUUGGCACAAUACACCGGGCGUCUGAAGACAUUGACACUACACCAGGCGUCUGAAGACAUUGGCACAAUACACCGGGCGUCUGAAGACAUUGACACUACACCAGGCGUCUGAAGACGAGUGUUUUAAAAGGAGCUUAACAAUCUAGUCCCUGAAAUUAAGAUUUUUUUUAAAAAUCAAUAAUAAUAAUGAUUCCAUCACAAAGAUUGAUUGUUUGUAUAUUUGAUGUAUUUUUAUCGUGUAUUGCAUGUUUAUAACAGAUUUUGUACUAAAGGCCUGUGACAGUCAGAUACACCACAUUGCAGUUAGUCUGUAAGUUUGUUAGUCCAUGCUCCUAUCAUAAUUAAGAACGGUAACUAAUAGGCUAGUUGACACUUUUUAGGGUUCCGUAGUCCACAAGGAACCCUUAUAAUUUUGCCAUGUCCGUCCGCGAUUUAGCGAGACUAUUACUACUAGAUAACUGUAAAUUAGCAUGAGUAUGUACAUUAAAAAAGUCGUACAAAAAAAUAUUGAAAAAUAUUUUUUUGUAGGGUAAAAUGGGGAUGAUUUAUUUUAUUCCUUUAUUUCAUUAUGUGGUAAUAUAUAAGGGGUCUUCUACCACUGUUUUUUUGAUUUAGGGAUCCGUAUGUAAAAUAUUAAGGUUUUAAGUGAUAAUUUUUGUUAGAGUCAAGUGUCUCUACUAGCUAAACAGUUGUUUAUGGAUACGUGAAAGAAAUCACAGAAGUUAUCAUAAUGGAUUUACAAGGAAAACUAUAACAGCUAAGUAAUUUAAAAAGUUAUAGUCGACCAACUUGAAAAACGUACUGAGAACACGAAAAUUGCAUACAAAUUCCGUUAUCAACUAAUUAGAUAAAGUUGUCCGUAAUGAAAUGAAAUGAACUUUAUUUGCCAUAAUACACUUAAAUAUACAAGAUGGUCAAACAAAUAUAAAGUCAUAGUCAUUGAAAAUUUUACAAUAUAUAUAAUUGUUUGAGUAAAUAUUACUUACCCACAAUCAUACAAUUGUUUUAAUUACGAAAUACAAUUUUAAUUUGAAAUAAACAUAAGACUACUCAGAGUCUAGAAAUAUGAGACUUUUUAACAGACUCUGAGCUGACAAUUUGCCAUGAGCGUAUAUAUUUAUUACGUCUAUAAAGUAGUAAAAAGAGAUAUAGAUAAAAGAGAGAAAAUUUGAAAAAAAAAAACAUUUUUUAGGGUUCCUUCCCUACAUACAUAGUGAGAAUGAUUUUUUAUCGUCUACCCCAUUGUGUGGGGUAUCGUUAUCAGUAUUUUCGUGCAUUAAAUUUGCUAAUUUAAUCUACGGAACCCUACACUGUGUGUCAUUUUUAUGUAUGAAUUGGUUAAUAUUGACUUAAUUUUCCCGAAUGACUCGUAAAAAUCAAUAUAUUUAAAAGUAGUCUUAAGUCUUAAAUGACUACCGUACUUACAUAUGUAGAAGUGUCGACUAACAAUCAUUAAUUUUUUUCGCUGAUGGCUUCGGCCGUGGCUUACCACUCUACCAACAAAAACGUACCCCUAGGCGAUUUAGCGUUCCGGUACGAUGUAUAGAAACAGAAAGGGGUGUGGAUUUUCAUCCUCCUCCUAACAAGUUAGCCCGCUUCCAUCUUAGAUUGCAUCAUCACUUACCAUCAGGUGAGAUUGUAGUCAAGGGCUAACUUGUAAAGAGUUAAAAAAAACUUUUAUAAAAUGAGGUAGGUGUGGCGCACGCAGGCUCGAUCUACUUACUUAGUCCAUAAUAUUAACAUUAAGAUUAAUUUUACACUUUAUAUAGGAGAAUUGUAAAUUAUUAUUAAUAAAAAAAUGUAUUCCUGUGCAAUUAAUUAUUUUAAUUACAUACCUACUCGAAUUAAAUCGCUUUUUAAGAUUU